AUGAAGGGCAUAGAUGAGUUCUAUGAGGACCGAGAGUAUCCUGAGAUGGGAGAAUUGGAGGAGUUAUCGAAUGAGGCUGAUAAGAGCGAGGACACGGAUGAUACGGGAGCAAGUGUGGAGGCAGCAGAGAAGCAGGAAGAGGAGAUAGUCACCAUGGAGGCAGCAGCAGUGAAUGGUGGAGAUGGAGAUGGUGUCAACACUUUUGCAGCAGCGAUCGUGGUUGAAGAUGAAGCAGUAAAUGCAAAGUGUGUGGGAGUCGCUGUGAAAGGGGACAUCAUGGUGAAGGGAUCAAAGGCGAAUGCAACUGCAAAGGGUAGAGUGCUUACGAAAGAGGAACACGUUGAGGGGUAUGAGACCCGAGAGGUGUUGCGUGUUGAGAUGCCGAGGAGCAGCGAGAGGAUCAAGAAAAUCUCUCAAGGUUUGGAUGUCAAGGCGCUCAACUUCAAGACACGUAAGCAGAGGUUCAAGUCACUGCCGUACGGAUUCAGCAUCAAGUCCCCACCGCCGCUCCACACCUGCAUUCGCUAUCUGCUUGUUGCCGAGGCGGCAGGGAGGGAGGAGGCAGUGGGUUUGGAGUGUCUAGUCACCAAACCUUCGUCUCCUGUCUCUUAUUCUUCCCCUCCGUUCCGCCUGCUCCCCCAUUCCCCCCUCGCCCCCGUUCCGCCUGCUUUCCCGUUCCGCCUGCUCCCCCGUUCCCGCUGCUCCCCCGUUCCCCUGGUCUGCCACCCCCCCCUGCUCCCCUGGUCGUGCGCGGGACCCCAGGUGCACGAGACGUGGCUGGACGGUAUUGAGGAGCUGCGCAGCUGCAUCAUGGAGAAGUGUCCCGAGGGGGGAAAGUCGAAGCUGCAGCAGGACCUGGAUGGGGCAUACCAUCUGGUGGAGCAGCGCAUAGAGGAGCACAUGGAGGCCUUCAAGACCCGCGCCCUCGCCACUGCCUUCGCCCUGCCCCCCUCGCUACAAGCACACCUCGCCACGUUGGAUGGGGAACAGAGGGUAGCUGCGCCAGCUGGCAGUGAAGUUGGAGCAGGGGGGGGUGAUGACCUGGCGGCUGAAGCGGCGGCUCUUGAUGCUGAGCUGGCAGAGCUCAAUGCCACGCUGGUGAAGAAGAGAGCAGCGCUGCGAGCGAUGAGGCGGCAUCAGCGACAGCAGCAGGAAGCAUUGGGCAGUGAGGGGCAGCUGAAGCAGUUGCAGCAGAUGAUGCGAGGCGACCACAGUGAGCUGCUGGCCUCGCAUGACCGACUGCAAGCCCAGCUGCACACGGCCAUGGACAUGACAGGUGACAGGUUGCCUGUGUCUGAAGAGGGAGGAGGCAAGGAGUGUGUGGCGGUGUGCGUUGCAGCACAUGGCGGGCUGAGUGCUAUUGAGGAGCACAUGGGGAAAUAG